GACAUUAAAUUAAUAAUCUGUUUGAUUAAGAAUCACUGGCUCCUAAUUCUUUCUACAUAUAGUAUAUACUGUAUAUGUUCAGUUACAGUUAAGCAUGAAAAAAACCUUUCCUCCAGCUUUUUGAGAAGGUUGAAAUGUGUUUUACUGGUCUCAGCUGUGGUAUAACUGGAAUUUCUCAUUUAUACCUCCCUCCCCUUCUACCCUCUGGGAAUGAAUACAAAUUAUGGCAGGGGAAUGGACACACCUGCUGCACUGGGGAAGUGAAAGUGAAACUUUUAGUACUUUCCAUGUUAGGUUUAAGGACUAUGAAACUGAUUCAGGGCAAUCAUUCUUUUACUGUUGUGUCACUGCUGUCACUGUGCUGUCAUGUCGACCUCUAAACCAGUUCUGGGACCUUGCGCCUUUUGUCACCAGCUGGAACAGAAUCCUGACACCGGUCUCUUGCUGACCAAUGAGGAUGGUAUAACAGCCCACUUUAACUGCAUGAUCUUUUCCCCUGAAGUGAUAUCAGCACCUACUAAAAAGUUUGGUGGAUUUGACAUUCCUUCUGUGAAAAAAGAAAUCAAACGAGGAAUAAAGACGAUAUGCAGAGUCUGUAGAAAAAAUGGAGCAACUAUUGGUUGUAAUGUAAAACAGUGCAGGAAAACCUAUCACUAUAUGUGUGGGAAAAAGGAUGGUGCAGAAUUUAUUGAAAGUGAAGAAAAACAAGUAUAUUUAAUUUACUGUAAAAAACAUAAACAUGACAAGCAGAAUAAAGAUGGAGAUAGUUCAAGCUCAGUGACAAGCUUAGAUUCGAUCACCAGCUCAUCUAUAGAGGAUUCUGAUGUAUCAUACAAACCAAAAGAAAGGAAAAAAAGGAACCAGAAGCAAAGUGAGGGUGUUACACCAAGAAAAAAAAGAAAAGCAAAAAGGAUAGACCUUAAUGAAGGCAGACAGGGGGAAGACAGUGCAGAGAGCUCUGAGCCUGGCCCAUCUUCAAGGUAUUCUGACACAUCAAACAUAGAACAAAGACUGAAAAAGCAGAAGCAAAAGGACCUAGAGGAAACCACUCCAAGGAAGAAAACAACAGCAAAGAAGAUAUCAAACUUAAUAAAGAUUUCAAAUGCUCUAAAUUCAUUAGUAGACGUGGCACCCAUUAAUGAAAACCAGAAUGCCAACGAAGUCUGCAUCACAAGCCAUUCAUCAGAAGGACUACAACCUAUGCAGGAAGCCUCUCAUGAUAUGUCACUUGAUCGAUCAGCAAGUAAUAGCGAAUCAAGCGAAUCCUUAUUGAGUCCAAAAAUUAUUCGUUCAGUAUCUUUAUUUGAAAGGAAGAAAAAGACAACUGAGAUGCAAGCUUUGGAAGUAAACUUAGAGGAAGAUAUUAACUCAGAAGAGCAGAGGAUAUUAUCUCAGAUGUAUAUAUUGCAUGGAGGGUCAUUCUCCAGUCAAGAUUCCAGCUUAAACGUUGCCAGUCAACAUAUUAAUAGUUUGAAUGUAGGAGACAUACCAACUGAGCAUAUUGAUAUUCCUGUCAGUACAAAUAGUACCUUUGCAAAAGAUUCUGAGAAACUAUACAAGCCAGUGGGUAACAGUUUAGCUGAGGUUCCCGUUUGCUCUACUAAUGCAGAAAAAACAUCAAUAUCACAGAGUGAAAAUCACUCAAAUCCAGAAUCUUUAGCAAAUCCAUAUCAUACAAACUCACCCACUGUAAAAAGCACAUCAGGAGCACAUCAUUCUGCUGAUGAGAAACACACCAGAUUGGUACAACCUAUGAGCUCCUCUAAUGGAGAUGAACAAUCAAACAAGCAGUGUAUUGUGAGCUCCCAGAAUGAAGGUGCAUCACAGCUUGUGGUACAAUCCUGUCUGAAAGAUUUACCUGCAGUGGCACUGGAGCAAUCUAUUCCAAGAACAGAGCCAAGCUUGAAUAUACUGGGAAUGAACAGCAGUUCAGCUGAGCAACCAGUGUUUAUUGCUGGAAAGCACAAUUCAUCAAUAAAACUUGUUAUGAAGACUCCUAUAGUAAAUCUCAAAUCAGUGGAGCAGAAUGAAGGUGCAUCACAGCUUGUGGUACAAUCCUGUCUGAAAGAUUUACCUGCAGUGGCACUGGAGCAAUCUAUUCCUGGAGUAAAUACUCAAUCAGCAGAGCCAAGCUUCAACAUACUGGGAAAGAACAGCAGUUCAGCUGAGCAACAAGGAAAACAAAAUUUAUCAAUAAAACUUAUUAUGAAGACUCCUAUACUAAAUGUCAAAUCAGCGGAGCAGAAUGAAGGUGCUUCACAGCUUGCUGUAAAAUCCUGUCUAAAAGAUUUACCUGCAGUGGCACUGGAGCAAUCUAUUUCUGGUGUAAAUACUCAAUCAGCAGAGCCAAGCUUGAACAUACUGGGAAUGAACAGCAGUUCAGAUGAGCAACCAGUGUUAAUUGCUGGAGAAGACAGUUCAUCAGUAAAACUUGUUAUGAAGACUACUAUAGUAAAUGUCAAAUCAAAGGAGCAUUCCAUAAGCUUUUUUGGAACAAAUAAAAGGUCUGAAGAACAAUCUAAAUGUCUCCCCAAAGUGAACAACACAUCGGCGGAGGAUGCUCUGUACUGUCUGGUUUUAAAAAGCAUAAAAGUACCCCAAACUGCAGAUAUUUUCCCUCCAGUGACACAGUGCAGUAAUACAGCUGUGGCACAGAGUACAAGUUCUCCCAGGACAAAAGACACACCUGUGGCACAGUGUAAAAACUCUCCCCAUGUCCAUGGCCCUUUAGCGGCAGAAUGUCCAAGUUCUCCUAGUGGCCCAAGUACAAGUAGUGCUCUUGCUACUUCUGAAUCAGUUUUAUGUGAUACUGAAAACCAAGAUUGGCCGAUUGCCCAUAAGGUUGCAUUAUUCAGUGAAUACACAUGUAUUAAACAUGAGAUGACAAAAGGAGACCUGGGAGAAGGAGAUGCCAAAGACUUCUGGACUAAAUGCCAAUCCCACCACUGCAGACAAUUCUUGCUGGAGAACAUUGAGAAGUCUGUAAAGUCAGUAAGUCAGAAAAUCCUCAGUGGAGAGGCUGAAGAUCAAGAUUAUGAGACAGCAUUGAGAUAUCUGUGGGGAAGCGGAUGCCUUGAAAGCGUUAUUAUACAAGAAAAGCAAGAAAUCCAAAGGAAGCUCCAGUCUCUUGAGGAAACUAAAGAGAGACUGCAAAAAAAUGACAAGGCUUUGACAGACUUACUGGGAAAAGGAAAGUGAUAUGGAAGAGACUUAACCCAUCGCCAGGCACAUCCAUCCGCUCGUUUGGUGAGGUAGUCAAGCAAAUUGUUUUUUUAACGGAUUUAGCUACCAACAACAGUGAGCUCAAUUGUACUGGCCCCAGGCCAACAACAUAAUGGGGACCAAGGAUGACAGAUAUAUUAGUCAGGCCGACCAUUGGGAGGGCUCUGUACAAAGGCCAAUAGCCUUUAUUGGCCUUGUUAUUGGACAGCUUUACUCUAUUCUAGUCAGUCUGAAUGUAAAUAUUGCCCUAUCCUCUCUCAGGCAUGGACCUUAACAUGUUUGAAGGGGUUUUCACCUCCUGCUGUUUAUAUUCUGUUAAGCAGUUUGAAUUUGUACCUUUGUCCAUUCAUAAAUUCAAACUGCUAACUGGUUGCAGGGUCACGUCAGGUACAGAUUUUUUAUAGUGAAUGUAAAUAACGUGUGCAAGCAUGAAACUAACCCCACAUAUUUUUUUUAUAUCUAACAAAUCUCCAAUAUACUUUAAUUAGAAAAUAUGUACCGUUUUUAUAAGACAUCUGACUGUAUGCAGUGAAAUUUUCUCUUCAUUUACUGCUGUGGAUAGGAAUUGUCAGACGGUCCCUAACUGCUCUGCAGGGAAACAAUCAUAACAGUAAGGAAGGAAGGAUUAAAAUGAUGUUGUGUUGAACACAAGUGAGCAAAUAAAGAGGCAUGCUCUUUGCCGAUCAUACUUAUGAACAGCAGGGGCAGCCCCCGCCUUACUUCCCAGCCAUGCAGAACUCAAGCAGCUUUGUUUAUGAUGAUCCCUAAGCAGCCCAGACCACACUGAGCAUGUGCACAGUCUUAG